AGGAGGGCACCGCGUACGGUUUAAGGCAACUAAGGCUGUUCCUUGACUAAUGAGGUUCACAACGACCAUGAAUGGACACUGCUUUGUCCAGGGAAUCACUCUUCUCCUCUUCAGUGGGUUAGUGAGAGUUCAAGGAAACCAGACCCAGGCAUUGCCCCAGUGCAAUGAUUCCUUGUCCAACCCAGCAGUCUCUGCAGUCUCAGAGGAGCGUGCUGCCAACUGCUCAGACAGCAGACAGCUGCGCCUGGCAGACGGGCACAAGCGCUGCGCUGGGAGAGUGGAGAUCCUGCACCAGGGCUCCUGGGGCACCAUCUGUGAUGACCACUGGGGCCUGAGAGGUGCCCGCGUGGUGUGCAGACAGCUGGACUGCGGAGAGGCCCUUGAAGCCACAUCCAUUGAUCACUUUGGGGCAGGAUCGGGGCCCAUCUGGCUGGACAACGUGAAAUGCAUAGGCAAUGAGUCCCACGUGUGGAAGUGCCCUUCCAAGGGCUGGGGGCAGCACGACUGCUCUCACAGGGAAGAUGCAGGAGUCAUCUGCUCAGGAUUUGUGCGUCUGGUUGGAGGGGAUGGGCCCUGCUCAGGGCGAGUAGAACUGCAUUCUGGAGAAGCCUGGGCUCCACUGUCCGAUGGGAACUUUACGCUACCCAGUGCACAGGUCAUCUGUGCCCAGCUGGAGUGUGGCAAGGCCGUGUCUGUCCUGGGGGAUGUGCCCUUCAGAGAGUCAGAUGGACGAGGCUGGGCGGAACAGUUCAGGUGUGAGGGGCAGGAGCCUGAGCUCUGGGCGUGCCCCCGAGUGCCCUGCCCGGGAGGCACCUGCCGCCAUCGUGGGGCUGUUCAUGUUGUCUGUUCAGCAUACACAGAAGUGCGGCUCAUGGCAAAUGGCACCUCUCAGUGUGAGGGACAAGUGGAGAUGAAUAUUUUCGGACACUGGAAAACGCUCUGUGCCUCCCACUGGGGUGUGGCCAAUGCCAAUGUUGUUUGUCGCCAGCUGGGCUGUGGAGUCGCCAUCUCUGCCCCCAAGGGAGCACACCCUGCGGACGGAGGCGAUCGGAUCUGGAAAGCUCGAUUUCACUGCUCCGGGGCCGAGUCCUUCCUGUGGAGUUGCCCCGUGACUGCGCUGGGCGCUCCUAACUGUCCACACGGAGACACGGCCUCUGUGAUCUGCUCAGGAAACCAGACCCAGGCGUGGCCCCAGUGCAAAGACUCCGCGUCUGACCCAGCGGACUCUGCAGCCUCAGAGGAGAGCACUGCUAACUGCUCAGACAGCAGACAGCUGCGCCUGGCGGACGGGGGCGGGCGCUGUGCCGGGAGAGUGGAGAUCCUGCGCCAGGGCCUCUGGGGCACCGUCUGCGAUGACCGCUGGGACCUGAGAGACGCCCGCGUGGUGUGCAGACAGCUGGGCUGCGGAGAGGCCAUAAAUGCCACCGGAUCUGCUCACUUCGGGAGGGGCUCGGGGCCCAUCUGGCUGGACGAACUAGACUGCGCAGGGAACGAGUCCCACGUGUGGAGGUGCCCUUCGCUGGGCUGGGGGCGGCACGACUGCAGGCACAAGGAGGAUGCCGGGGUCGUCUGCUCAGAGUUCCUGGCCCUCAGGAUGGUGAGCGAGGACCACGGGUGUGCCGGGUGGCUGGAAGUCUUCUACAACGGGACCUGGGGCAGUGUCUGCCACAGCCUCAUGGAUGCCACGACCGUGUCCAUUGUCUGCAGACAGCUUGGCUGUGGGGACAGCGGGAUGCUCAGCUCUUCUGAAGUUGACAGGGCUGGUUCUAGACCCCGGUGGGUGGAUCAAAUCCAGUGUCGGAAAAGUGAUUUCUCUCUCUGGCAAUGUCCUUCGGAUCCUUGGAAAUACACCUCAUGCUCUGCAAAGGAAGAGGCUUAUAUCACGUGUGAAGACAAAGACAAGCUGCGACUCAGCGGGGGAGACUCGGCGUGCGCGGGACGCGUGGAGGUGUGGCACGCCGGCUCCUGGGGCACCGUGUGCGACGACUCCUGGGGCCUGGCCGAGGCCGAGGUGGUGUGUCAGCAGCUGGGCUGUGGCUCUGCCCUGCACGCCCUGCCGCAGGCAGCCUUUGGCCCAGGAAACGGGAGCAUCUGGCUGGACGAGGUGCAGUGCGGGGGCCGUGAGCCCUCCCUGUGGGCCUGCUCAGCGCAGCCCUGGGGCCAGAGCGACUGCAAACACGAGGAGGACGCCGGGGUGCGUUGCUCCGGGGAGAGGACAACGCUUCCCCCGACCCGGCCAAACACCAGGUCAGGCUCAGCUGCUGUCGCUGGCAUCCUCUCCCUUCCUGGGACCCUCUGCAUCAUCCUGGGGGCGCUUCUCCUCCUGGUCCUCACCAUCCUGGGGAUCCAGCUGCACCGGGGCAGGGCAGAGCGCCAAGCUUACGCCGCUUUCCCUGCCUUAUCUGCUUUUGAAGAUGCCAUGGGUGAGGCCUUGUACCAGGAGAUUGAUUACCUCGUACAACCAGAGAAGGUGGACCUGGUAGACAGCCCAGGUCACCUGUCCAAUGACUCAGUGACUAGGCUGCCGUAUUACACAGGGGACAGGGAGGAAGAUGGAGACCCUGAACCUUUCCCAGAGCCUCCAGGACUGCAUGACAGUGCCACAGGGGAUGGUUACGAUGAUGUUGACGUGUUACCCAUUCCUGAAAUUCCUCCUUCCCCUGGAAUGAGUAAGAAUUAUUUUUUCUCAGGAGAGGGAGGUAGUGCCAGGUAUUCCCCGACAGGCACGUCUCUGCAGUGUCCCAGGGAAGCUGUCAGCUCCAGCCUGGGAGAGCAGGGAUCCUCGCUGGUGCUGGGAGAAGAGGACCCUGGGUAUGAUGACGCUGAUCUUAGCACCGUGUAGUGCCACAUGGAGCAAAUGACUCUUCAAGGAGUCCUUCCCUUAUCCAAUUUUGAAGAAGCUCUUGGUGAGGCUGUGCACAAGGAAACUGGUCCUCCUGUAACCCUGAAGAAGGAGGAUCCGCCAGGCAGCCAGGGCCAUGUCCCUGCCUCGCCCUCCUGGAACAUGUGGUUGCCAGCCACCCGCCAGCUGCAAGCCAAGUCUUCUCAGCAUCUGCAGACCCGCAUCUCCCCCAGGCCCCCUAAGGCUGAGGUAUCCCCUCCGAAGCGGCAGAGGGUGGGGGGGCCUCUCCGGAGCCCCUGUGAGCACUGA